UUCUCCUCUCACUUAUCAGUAUGUAUAUAAUAUUGCGAAGUAUAAUAGAAGCAAAAUUUAGAAUUCGAUUUUAUUCGGGAAUUGUCACUCUUAUUUGGGGAAAAAAUUUCGUUUAAAUGGCACCUCUUUUUAUUUAUUUUUCCAUUGUGUUAAUUGUAUCCGCAACAACAAUUAAUGCUCAACCAGGAGAAAUACAUGAUUCACGAUGUGGACGAUAUGCAGUCUGGGAUAGUUGUGCUUCAUAUUGUCCUGUAAAUUGUGAAGGUUUAAUUGACCCAAAUCCAAUUGUAUGUCCCCCGGUUUGUGUCGAAGGUUGUGUAUGUAUUCCGGGUUACAUUAGAAGAAAUUUAAGAGAUCCAAAUUGCAUUCCAGAAAAAGAUUGUCCCAAUAUAAAGCCAAAAAAUUGUGUUUGAUUUCAAAAAAAAAAAAUAAUAAUUGUCUUUAUAAAAUAUUGAUAAAAGAACAAAAAUGUUUUCCUACGUUCAACAAAUAUUUUAAAUACCAUACAAUUAUUAUAAAUAUUAUAAUAAAUAUUCCAUACUAAAUAAAUAUUGUUUGGAAUAAUAAAAAAUAAAGAAAUAAAAAUUGUUUUUUCCCUUUUUUUUUUCCUCUUCAUGUUCUGGUCAAACAUGUGUCCAAGAAAAAUAUAAACAUUGAGAACUGUAUAAAAAUCGUUUCAAAUUCGAAUCAAAAUUAGUUGGUUUUGAAAAUUCCAAAAAAAAAUGUCACCUUUUUUUAUUACUUUACUCAUUGUACUGUUUGCAUCUGCAACAACAAUAAAUGCUCAAUGUGGAGGAAAUGAGGUUUGGACAACUUGUGGUAAACCUUUGCGUUGUCAAAAAACUUGUGAGGAUGUAAGAAAUCCACGUACAAGAUUUUGCACUUUGGAAUGUGUAGCUGGUUGUGUAUGUCGACAAGGUUACGUUAGAAUAUCAGAGCAUAAUAGACGAUGUGUAUCAGAAAGAGACUGUUAAGUUAAUAAUUAAUAAUUUUAAUUGAAUUUUUCAAUUUUUAUAGC